CUCCUUCUUAAUCUUUCUCCUUCCGCCAUUUCUCCUUUCAGUUUCCUCUGUUUCUCUCUGCUCUGUUCAUUCAUGGCCUCCUCUUCCGGGAGCUUAGACACCUCUGCUAAUUCCCAUCCUUCUUUCACUUUCUCCACUCAUCCUUUCAUGACUACUUCUUACUCCGACCUUCUCGCCGCCGGCAGCAACGAUCUUCCAUCCUCCGCCGCUGCCCACGGAGCUCACCGAGGCACUGGAACCGGAGUUCCUAAAUUCAAAUCCCUCCCUCCUCCUUCUCUGCCUCUGUCGCCACCUACUCUGUUUCCUUCUCCCCUGUUCUCCAUUCCUCCUGGUUUGAGCCCCACCGAGCUUCUUGAUUCGCCGGUUUUCCUCAGUGGUUCUUAUGUUCUGCCGUCGCCGACCACUGGGAGUUUCCCGUCGCAGUCGUUGAAUUGGAAGAACAAUUCUGGGUGUAAUCAACAGAGCAUCAAAGAAGAGAACAAAUUCUUGUCGGAAUUCUCAUUUCUAAAUCAAUCGUCUCAGCCACCGACAUCUUUUCAGCCAGCUCCGACGACUCAAGGAAAGAAACAGGACGGAUCGAUGCAGAGCUUCUCACCGGAAUAUGGGAUUGUUCAAAACCAGAGCCAGAACAACGCCGGCAGAGAUUACCCUCAACAAUCUCAGACGGUGAAUCGGAGAUCCGACGACGGUUACAACUGGAGAAAAUACGGCCAAAAACAGGUCAAGGGAAGUGAAAAUCCGAGAAGCUAUUACAAGUGCACCUUCCCCAAUUGCCCAACAAAGAAAAAGGUCGAAAGAUCCUUAGAUGGACAGAUCACGGAGAUCGUUUACAAAGGCGGCCAUAACCACCCGAAGCCACAGUCAACGAGGAAGUCAUCGUUGUCGUCCGCCGUGUCGGCGUCAAAUCCAGCCGCCAACGAUAUGGCGGAGCAGUCAUUCACAACCCAAGGAAGCGGUCAAGUCGACGGCGUUGCAACGCCGGAGAAUUCAUUGAUCUCGGUCGGCGACGAUGACUUCGAUCGGAGCUCUCAGAGGAGCAAAUCUGCAGGAGACGAUAACGACGAGGACGAACCAGAGGCCAAGAGGUGGAGAAGGGAUGGUGAUAACAGUGAAGGGAUUUCAGCUGCAGGUAACCGGACCGUGAGAGAGCCGAGAGUCGUUGUUCAAACCACCAGCGACAUCGACAUUCUCGACGACGGUUACCGGUGGAGGAAGUACGGCCAAAAAGUGGUUAAGGGAAACCCAAAUCCAAGGAGUUAUUACAAAUGUACAAACCCGGGAUGUCCAGUAAGAAAGCAUGUAGAGAGAGCCUCACAUGAUCUACGAGCAGUGAUCACAACCUACGAAGGCAAACACAACCACGAAGUCCCACCGGCACGCGGCAGCGGAAGCCAUUCCCUCAGCCGUCCAUUUCCCAGCAAUGACCCGUCGGCCACCGCAAUCCGCCCAUUGGCGGUGACCCAUCAAGCAAACAACGGCGCUGACAACAACGACGACAACCUUCUUCAUGGUAUGAGGCUACAACAAUCUUCGGACAACCAAACACCAUUCACACUAGAAAUGGUGCAAACUCCAAAUGGAUUUUCAUUCCCAGAAUUUUGGAACUCCAUUGGGAUGGGGUCCUACAUGAAUCCAACACAAUCCAACGACAAUACGUUCAUUAGAGCAAAAGAAGAGCCGAGAGAUCACGAUAUGUUCAUCCAAUCUCACCUAUGUUGAUUGAGACAAGGAAUUUUCAUGGGAUU